UAUUCAAUAUCUUGUAAUAACUUAUACUGGAAAAGAAUAAAAAAUACAUAUAUCUAUUAUGUCUACAUAUAUGUGUGUGUGUGUGUAUAUAUUUCAGUCACUUUGCUGUACACCUGAAAUUAAGACAAUAUUUAAAUCAUCUACACUUCAGCAAAAAUCAAUGAAUAAAAAGUGCUUUGAGAGACCAGUAUACAAGUGGACAAUGGCCAGACCAUGUAUAAGAACAGGACUCUAGCUCACAAGGUGCAGCAUGUUGCCCAGGAAACCAACCCUCCUGUAAACAGCUCAGGAAGCCAGCCUGCCUUUGGUCCUCAAACACAGGAAGCCAGAUUGCUGUCUCUAGGUACAAUGCUGGGACCAAAACAAUAACUUCUGCAACAGUCAGCGCCAAACAGCCAGGACUUAACAGCUAACAGCCCCCUCGUUUUUGUCCCUGCUUCUAACUUAGGACCAACCAGAGAAAGCCACAAUGCCACAAAGGCUCACGAUGAAACCAGCCUGAACCGGCUAGAUCCAAGGUGGUGGGCUUUCCUUCUUGGUUGAUCCCUGUGUUUCCAUACCAACCCCCGAAAGCUGAAGGACAUUUGCCUUGAUUUAUCUCUGCGUUUAUUUCAAAAGCCCUUGGUGUUUGACCAGAGAGGUUUUGCAGCUGUGCUUUAGGAGACACACUGGGUUGACUGCCCCAGACUGGAUCAGAGCAACGUGCCAGCCCAGAUGGGACCUCAAGAUGUCCGAGAGUUACCUCUGCUUUACGACCACGCUCAAAUCUUCCCCUGAAGGGGGGAUUCGUACGGUGCCAGGCACGGCUGGCACUGCGUGUGAAGGACUGCGGACGACUGCGCAUGCCUGGGCUGCCCCUGAAACUCUCCGCCCCUUUCCUGCAGCCCUGAGGACCUGUGGGCCACCUAACCCCGAAAGUCCCCUUGUUCAUCCUACCCCUUGGGGGAGAAGAUGCUUUUAGAACAGGAACCCCCCUUCUCCAUUUUCUGGCCAUUGUCAAGCCUGUCUUAUGCGCACCAAAGCCUGUCCGUUCCAGGGGGACUUCGGUUCAGCCAGAGCCCCAACGGCGAGUGGGCGUCUCGUUUGGUAACGGCAUCACUGGUGAAAGACUCAGGUCUGAGGCUUCUUAGGGCCAGGCCUCAUGGUCAGAGAGAGACACAGCUGGGAUUUGAAUUUGACAUUGCGGUUGAACUUGGAGGCUGAUUCCCUUCACGGUCCAAGAUGGUCACCACCCGGGCCAAUUGCAGCUUCGAAGGCGGAAAAGAGGACCAACUGUUCCUAAUUUUCUUCAAGAGACAAUAAAAUCUUUUCCGUCGGCCUCCCAGCAGACUUCCUUGCACUUGGCAUUGGCCAGAACGUGGUCACAUGCCACUUGCUGGGAAAAAGAGCAUCAUGAUUGGCUCAGCCUUUGACCAAUCAGGACUUGUCUUUCCUGGAGGGCUCGGAUCCUUAAUUCACUGCUGCGGGCGGAGACGAAGGUGGCACUUCAGCAGCUCUAGGACUCUUGUAACAAGGAAGGCAGGGAGAAAUGGGUGCUACGGCGAGGCUUUCCACCAGACUCCCAUACCUGCUACAUUUGAGAAGGGCAUCUUGUUCUCCAAGCCCAGUUUAGAGCCCUCCCUUCCCUUAGUUGCAGCCUAGGGGUCGUCUCUCUGCAUUCCUUCACAGUUAAGAGCAGCCCUUUGGAGAGGUCCCCCUGGGCGGCAGCUGGGGCCUCCAGCCAAAAGCCACAGGAAUGCACCAUCUUGAAAGCAGAUGUUCUGGCCUUUAGUCAACCGCAGCUUCGGCCCUUACCUCGACGGAAACCUCACGAGAGACUCUGAGCCAGAACUACCCAGGAGGAUGUGGCCGGGUCUGUCCUGGGGAGGCUUGGUGUACCAGGGAAGGCCUCUUUGAAGAGGUGACAUCUGAACAGGAGCCUGCAUGAGCCUCUCUCCUGGGCUCCUGGGCCGUGCCAGCAGCUGCCCAGCUGACCAUCACACUUGUCCUAACUCAAGCGCUGGAAGGGGGCAACAUCACCCUGGCUGUUCAGGGCUUGGCCAGGACGGGCUCCUGUCCUUCAACUGGUUCGGGGAGCAGGCACAGAGAUGGCCCAGCAGAUCUUAACUUUCCACGUGAUCUCGGGGGGCCUGACCCUCGGCCCUGCUCACACAGGCCAGGAGACGGUGAAGCCAGAUGGUUCUCACCGCCGGGCUCAACCUCGCAGACAUGGGCCCCUACACCCUACGGAAGAUUUUGAUGGACAUGAGCCACCCGACGUGGAGUGUCUACCUGCCUGUGUACGAGAAGCUGGCUCCACCCACCAUCACAGCCUCCACCUCGGCUCCCCUGGAGCUGCGGGACUCCGUGACCUUGAGCUGCCAGUCCCCAAGCAAGAGCCCGUGGUGGGCAGUGGGCAGCUGGAGCUGUCCCUGGACCAGCAGAGACUAACCAUCCACCAGGUGACCCGGAACGAUUCAGGACCUUAUCAGUGUGAGGUCAAGAACCCGGCCAUCACCAGCCUCAGCGAGCCCCUGCUCCUUGACGUCAUCUUACUCAUGGACAAUCAAUGGGAGCCCGGGCCCUCUGGCCAGCAGCUCUUUUUGUCCGCCAUCCACCUGGGCACAGCUGGAGUCUACACCUGUGAGGCCACCAACCCUGCCUCGGGCAGCCACAGUGCCAUCAACACACUGAUUGUCAUCCCUGAGUACAUGCCUCAGCCCAGCAUCCUGGCUGACAACAUUGCCCCCAUGGAGGACAUGGACUCUGUCACCCUGACCCACUGGGGGCCGAGGGGAGCUGUCCCCAGACCACAGGUUCCUCACCCUCCGAAUAUUACACGGAAUGACACUGGGCUCUACCAGUGUGAGGCCAGCAAUUCUGCCACUUCCAGCCUGAGCAACCCCCUCCCCGUGAACAUGAACUACGGACCCGGUGUCCCGGUGAUAAACCCCAUGGAUUCCACCUUCGUGGCUGGCUCCAACCUCACCCUCUCCUGCUUUGCCAGCUCCAACCCGCCUGCUGCGUACACGUGGAGGGUGGAUGGGAGUCCAGGGCCAGCAGGGCAGCUCCUCUCCAUCCUGGAUGUCUCGCUGAACAGCUCGGGGCUGUACAGCUGCCAUGCUGCCAAUGCAGACACAGGCCUCCAGAGCAUGGCCCAGCUGGUGGUCCACAUCAAAGAUCAGGGCAGCUGUGUCUUCUCACCUGAGAAGAUCCAGACAAUUCAACAUGGAGUCAUGAUCCAGAAGGCCGGAUACUACCUUGCAAUUCACCACUUGACGUCUUAUCCUGUCAAAGAAGAGAAGACCCACAAGCUGCAUGUGCAGAGACGCUCCAACUGGGACGUGAACAGUGAAACAGCAGGAUGUCAUGGUACACAUGGUAGCUUGGAAAUCUGAGAAAGCUGGGUGAUGACAGGUGUUCCUGGGGACAUGGGGUCAUAGGAGCCUCCGGCACUGCUGGUGGGACUAUGGCUGGGGAACAGUGAUUCUGUAGGACAACCUGGCCGGACUUGGACAAAUCAAGCAUAGUCCCUGGGACCCAGGCAUUGUCCUCCUGGAUAAGGAAUGUCCUGACCGUGCAAAGGAACAUAAAGCGGUGCAUUGUGGACCUCCAUGCCUGGGGGAGUUGACAGCAGGAUGGUGGAUUCACACUGGAGAGCGUUGACAGCAAUUGGAAUACUGUUUGUUCACACAGCAUCACAGAUGGAUCCUAAAAGCAUGAUAGUGAAUGGAAAAAGUAGUUUAUAUUCAUUAGAGUAAGUAAAACUAGCUGCUGUUGAGGUGUCUUCUUUUCUUUUGGGCUGCACCUGUGCCAUGCAGAAGUUCCCCGGCCAGGGAUUGAACACCAAGCCACAGCAGUGACCCGAGCUGCUGCAGUGACAAUGGUGGAUCCCACUGCUCCACAAAAGAUCUCCUGUUGAGGGGUCUUCUUUGUGGUGAUUGAACAGUUCUGUAUUCUUCUUUUUUUUUUUUUUUGUCUUUUUGCCAUGUCUUGGGCUGCU